AUGGUUUGGCGAAAUGAUAACUACCGUAUCCGUCGUCGUCUUCCAUCAAUUCCAACGGAAUCAAAAACUUUUCCAACUUUGGCAAGAUUAAAUUUAUGCAGCAUGCUAUCGCCUAUUUCAUUGGAUGAUGAUGAUGAUGCUAAACGACCGCUUCAGAUAGAUGAUGAGAGUAUCGAAAAAUUACAACUCUCGGAAUAUUCGCGACAAUCUUGGACUCCUACUGUUAGAUUAACAUUCCCGGUGCAUUCCAAUCAACGCCGAGAACUUCCCAUUGAAGAAGGUGUGGAAAAUUGCGGUAAGUUGUCUAAAUUGUAA